AUGGGCAAGAAGAAGCCGAUCGAUGAAGACGUUGCGCAACUGGUGGAAGCAUGUCGGAGGUAUCAGGACGAAAAGAUCAGUGCAACAGCGGCGAAUUUGCUCCUCGAAGAGCAGGAAGACGAGGUUGGCACGAUGCUGGCAGAUUCGAUCGGCAACUCGGUACGGACAGUGCUUUCGACGGUAGCGGGAGGUGUGCGGCCGACGGCUGCUAAACCACCACCACCUCAACCAAAACGGCUCACCCUUUCGCCGUCCUUUAUUGAAGUGGUGGUGAAACCGCCGCCGUCGUCACCGCCUCCUCAACAACCGUUUGUGCCAAAACCGCCACGUGCACGACCUCGCGUGGAACGGGAUCGCAAGACUUCCACCAUUGAGGAGGACGGGUUCGAAGAGGUUCGUUUAGGUUCAUGA